AGUUCCAAUAGCUGCCACGCGGCGGAGACACUUUUUGUUAUGCUUUCCUAGACCUAACCGAACUUCAGCGCUUUUAUUCUCACAACACGCUGCCUGGUCUUGAGAGAGCACGGCCGACAUCUGUCGCAGUUCUAUCACUACUAAUUUUCCAGAAAACCACCGGAGCCAUGGGGAAAGGCUGCAUCACCGCCACCAAGUACUUCCUGUUCCUGUUCAACCUCCUCUUCUUCAUUUUCGGAGCUCUGAUUUUGGGUUUCGGGCUGUGGGUUCUCCUGGACAAUCAGAGCUUCAUCGCCGUCCUGCAGGAGUCUUCCUACACGCUGAAGGUGGGGUCGUACAUCCUGAUCGCCGUGGGCUCCAUGACCAUGCUCAUGGGCUUCCUGGGCUGCGUCGGCGCCGUCUACGAGAUCCGCUGCCUGCUAGGCCUGUACUUCAUCUGCCUCCUGCUGAUCCUCGUCUCCCAGGUGACGGCCGCCGCGCUCAUCUACUUCCAGAAGGACCUGCUGAAGAAUGAGAUGGCGGGCAUCGUGAACAAGAUCAUCGUGGAGUACAGCGGGGGGAACACGACCAGGGAGCUGGCCUGGGACUACAUCCAGAGAACGGUCAACUGCUGUGGGUGGAUUGACUCGGGUAACUGGACUGAGAACACCCGGAUUAACAGCUCCAUGACCCUGUACCCCUGCUCCUGUCGAAACGCGUCCCUCGCUGCAAACACCUCCCAGGAGAGCGGGUUCUGCACCGCCCUGUCCCUCCCAUGGCCCGUCUACGCCUCGGGCUGCAUGGUGAAAGUGGAAAACUGGAUCCUCAGCAACUCAGGAGUCAUCCUGGGAAUCUCCAUCGGAGUGGCCGUCAUUGAGCUGCUGGGGAUCAUUUUAGCCGUGUGCCUGUGCAAGAGUAUCCACCAGGAGGACUACACCAAAGUGCCCAAAUACUGAGGAGCCCAACUCACGUAGAGACACACACACACACACACACACGGACAUGCACAAACAGCACACUCUUUGCCAAAUCAUUCACCCUCACUCUCUCUGGCUUGGCUCCCAGCACACAAGCUUGUAAUCUGUCUGUGAAAGCUUCUGUAAUUCUCUCUGUGUCAGCUUCUGUGAUCUCUCUGUGAAACCUUCUGUAAUUCUCUCUGUGAAAGCUUCUGUACUCUCUCUCUGAAAGCUCCUUCCAGUGCUGGGCCUCACAGGACUUUCACAGACCCUGACAGAGAGAGGGGGGGAGGGAGAGUUCAGGAACGUCAGCCAAACAAGUUCUUCACUUAUUUCCAGAACUUCACUUAUUUCCACUUACUGCUUUUUUUGUUUGUUUAUAUUUGAAACACACUAGAUGUUGAGCGUUUGGUUUCUAUUUUCAGUUUCAGCGCUUCUUGUGAUUAUUAGUCAGGUCCAGGUUUCCCGAGAGAGAGAGAGUACUUUCACAAAGAGUUAUGAGCUGUUGAUCAAUGGUGCCGACUGGGUGGGCAGAGCUGUAGUUUGUGGGGGGGGUGGUUGGGAGGGCUGGGAUGGGUGGGGGGGCUGAGUUUGGGGGAGGGGCUGGAUCGGUAGGAGGGGCCUGGGGAAGUGUCAGUUGGUCAGAAAAAGCGCUCAUUUGUCUGGCAUUGUUAUGGUGUGGCCAUGGGAGUGUCUCGUUUAGAGAAGGGUGAGGCUGUGCAGGACGGGGCAGGGCGGGGUAGGGUAGGGUGGGACGGGGCACACGGCUUUGGGUAAAGCCUGGCCACACUUCUCCAGUGUCCGGCAGGCUCUGAGAGGGAAGCUUCCGGCUGUGGAGUCUGAGCUGGCAGGACAUGAGAGACUCUCCCUCCAUCACUGCCCCCUGGGGCCUGUUUCCACAGCCCAGCCAGCCCCCCCCCCCCACGGGCCUGGGAACUGGGGCAAAAGCCCCCGCCUACACACCCUCGCCCCCCAGCCCCCCAACCCCCGGCCCUUCACAGGACUUGCCCUGUCCUCCCAGGCUGCUGACUUCAGGGCAGCCAUCGCCGGUCUCCAUGGCAAUGCUGUGUUUCCGUGCCGAUGCCCCCCUCCUCCCCCCAAGUCAGGUCCGGCCUCGAAAGAAUUGGAUUUCCACCGAGAGAAAGUUUUCAAAAAUUUUUUGCAUGAAGUUCUUAUGUUAAUUAUGUGUUUAUGUAUGUUUGUACUCUUAUUUUAGUUUUUUUUUUUGUUUUUUAAAAUUGUAUAUAUAUAUUUGUUUGGAAUAGUUGCGUAUCUGGUUCUAAAAACGGUGCAGUCUGUUUUGCAUGGGAUGCAACUGUUGCGUUUCAGAAGGUUUAUUGUUUUUCCCCUGCUGUGUGUGUGUGUGUGUGCGUGUGUGCGAGUGCAUGUGUGUGAGUAUGAGUCAGGUUGUGUGUGUGUGUGUGUGUGUGUGUGUGUGUGUGAGAAUGCGUGUGUGUGCGUGUGCGUAUGUGCGAGUGCAUGUGUGUGAGUAUGAGUCAGGUUGUGUGUGUGUGUGUGUGUGUGUGUGUGUGUGUGUGUGUGUGUGUGUGUGUGUGUGUGUGUGUGUGUGUGUGUGUGUGUGUGUGUGUGUGUGCGUGAGUGUGUGUGCAUGUGCAUGUGUGUGAGUAUGAGUCAGGUUGUGUGUGUGUGUGUGUGUGAGUGUGUGUGUGUGUGAGUGAGUGUGUGUGUGUGCGUGUGCAUGUGUGUGUUUAAAGAUCAGAGCUCUGGCCAGCAGUGGCUUGCCGCAGUCUGUAGGGUAGAAUCACAGGCUCCAGAGCCUUGCUGUAAGCAGCUAUUAGAAGGAGCCCCUCCUUUCUUCUCCAAAAAUGUCUUCUAACCGAAAGCCAGCGCCUUCCACUGCUCUGGCCUCUUUUUUUUGGGGGGGGGGGGGUCCCGUGGGCAGCUGGUGGAUUUGUACCUCCUGAUCUGUCACUCUUCUGGAAUGCUCGGCAGGUCCCACCUUCCUGAGGCAUGCUGGGAAGUUCCGUAGGGGGUCGCUGGCUUUGCGUUUUACGACUUCACAGGGUUAGGGUUAGGGUUAGGGUUCAGGUUGGUCGUGGUGCCAGCAUUCCUUAAGCUACUCCUUUUACUUUUGCCCGAUAUUAGAAUGUACCGUGCACAGAAUUAAAAGUAAGUUUACUAUAUAUAGCACAGCUGUAAAGGCAAUUCAUCCAUAAAUAUUAUGUCAGAUAAUUUCAAUGUUUGAUUUUCUUAUAAAUUGAUUCAUUGGUUAAAAAUACUACUUUUCCAAGAGAAAAUCCCUCAGAUUCACCUGAAUUACCUGGGAUCGUCAUAAUUUAUGUACAGUAAAUGUUUCCAAUUUUGAAAUAACUGAAUCGUUGUGAGUGUUUCAUUUAGAUGAAGGCUUUUUACUUAUUUUAAAUAAUCAUUUUUUUCCAGUUUCAUUAACAUAUACAGUACAAAAUAGUGAAUUUAUGAAUCUUAAUGUUUUUUUUGGAAUAAUGACUUUGUUUAAAAAACAAGAAAUUCUGAUAAAUUGCUGGAAGUACAAUAAUAAAUCAAACUCAGCCCAAAUAA